AUGAAUUGCCUCAGUUGGAACUGCCGUGGUUUGGGGCAAUCAUGGGCAGUUCUUGAACUCACCGACUUGGUGAAGAAAUACGCUCCAUCCAUUCUCUUUCUGAUGGAAACAAGAUCUAAAGAUCACUAUCUUAAAAAUCUCUGUUCAAAGCUUCACUUGGAGAAUGUUUUUAUUGAGUCUCGGAUUAACACAGGAGGAGGAUUGGCACUCUACUGGAAAGAGGGGAUUGAUCUUAAAGUUUUGGACUCAACACCAACUUACAUUGAUGCAGUAGUUAACCCAGGAAUGGAUGACGCCUGGCGGUUUACGGGUUUCUACGGGAAUCCAAUAACAGCCAACCGGGAACAUUCUUGGGCACUACUUAAACACCUUUGUCUAAAAAUGGAUCUACCAUGGAUUUGUGUAGGGGAUUUUAACGAGAUCACCAAAGCAGAAGAAAAGAAGGGUGGUGCUCACAGACCAGAAAGCCAGAUGAAAGCAUUUAGAGAUGCUUUGGAUUUUUGUGGAUUCCGUGAUUUGGGAUUCGUUGGUUUACCAUUCACUUGGUGCAAUAACCAAUUUGAUGGAGAAGUAACAUGGAUUCGUUUGGAUAGAGGGGUGGCAACGCCGUCAUGGUCACAAUUGUUCCCUACAGUUCGUGUUCAUCACAUUCCAGGUACAUUAUCUGACCAUUGUCCACUAUGGUUAUGCUCUGACGAUGAAAAUGUUAGAUUUUACAAGAAAUCCAGGCCUUUUCGUUUUGAGGCGGUGUGGCUAAAAGAUGAAAGUUGUGAAGGGGUUAUCAAAAAGGCGUGGAGUGACAGAACUAUGGGGGAACCAGUUGACAAACUAAUCCGAAAGGUAGAUGCCUGCAAAUCAAGUUUGCAAACAUGGAGUAGAACCUCUUUUGGCAAUAUCCGUCGAUUGCUAAUCCAAAAAAAGAAGCAACUAGCACAAGCUGAAGCUAUGUCUAUGGCCGGGGAUCAUCAUGACCAGAUUCGUGUUCUUAGAAGUGAAGUGUAUGAACUCAUGGUGAAAGAAGAAUGCCUGUGGCAUCAGAGAUCAAGGGUUGAUUGGUUGAAGAGUGGUGACAUGAACACAAGUUAUUUCCAUAGCCGAGCAACACAAAGGAACAAGAGGAAUUUUAUUUCUAAAUUGAUCCUGAAUGAUGGAUUGGUGGUGACAGAUGAAAAACAUAUUGGUGAGGCAAUGGUAGACUAUUUCAAACAGAUUUUUGCUUCCACUAUGCCAUCGAACUUUGAUCAGAUUCUCCAAGGCAUUGAUACAAAGGUCACUCCAGCUAUGAAUGCAGACCUCACAAGAGAAUUUACCGCAGAUGAAGUUGAGUUUGCUUUGAAGCAAAUGAAGCCCCUAACCGCCCCAGGCCCGGAUGGUAUGUCCCCUAUUUUCUACAAGUCUUGUUGGAAUUUUAUUGGUCAUGAUGUCAUUGAUGCUUCUCUAGCAAUACUAAACUCGGGUAACAUGCCUGCUAGUCUUAAUCAUACUUACAUAUCACUCAUUCCAAAAGUAAAAUCUCCAGAAAAAGCCACUGACUUUAGGCCAAUAAGUCUUUGCAAUGUACUAUAUAAAAUUGUCUCUAAAACCAUAGCCAAUCGCUUAAAGAAACUUCUCCCCAAAUUGGUGUCAGAAUCCCAAAGUGCAUUCAUGUUAGAUAGACUUAUAUCAAACAACAUCCUUGUAGCCUUUGAAACCCUCCACCACCUUAAGACAAAAACAAAAGGGAAAACCGGAUUCAUGGCCAUUAAGCUCGAUAUGAGCAAAGCAUAUGAUUGA